AUGACUCAGGCUGACACCCUUCUCCCGUCUUUGGACACGAUCCAAGAGCUCCUCUCGAAACCCCAAAAGGGCACCAAGAAGGCGAACCUCGUACCGGUAUACGGCCAGAUCUCUGCCGACCUCAUCACACCUUCAGCAGCCUACCUCAAAGUUUCUGCGCAUUCCAAGAGCGAAUUGUCCUGCCUUUUCGAAAGUGCAGCCACCGAGAGAGUUGGACGGUAUAGUUUUGUUGCUGCUGGGCCCCGCAAGACCAUCACAACCGGCGAAGGCCAUGGCGAGUCUGUUGAUCCGUUACCGGGCGUCGAGAAAGAGCUGGCGCAGUACACUGUGCUAGAAGUACCAGGCCUAAAGCUGCCACCUCUAAGCGGCGGCGCCGUGGGUUACGUGGGCUAUGACUGUGUUCGGUACUUUGAGCCAAAGACGGCACGGCCAAUGAAGGAUGUGCUCAAGAUUCCCGAGUCUCUCUUUAUGAUGUUCGAUACCAUUGUGGCCUUUGACCGCUUCUUUGGUGUCAUCAAGGUGGUUACUUAUAUCCCCAUUUCUGACAACCUCGACACUUUGCCCUCCGAGUACGAGAAAGCCAGCCAGAGAAUCAACGAGCUCAUUGAUGUGCUCAACGCUCCCGAGAUCCCAAUCCCCGAGCAGGAGCCCAUCAAGCUGGGUAACGAGGCCAAAUCGAAUAUUGGACAGCAGGGUUAUGAGAACCACGUCACAGAGUUGAAGAAGCACAUUGUCAAGGGUGAUAUCAUCCAGGCUGUGCCGUCGCAGAGAUUCGCACGUCCCACGAGCUUGCAUCCCUUCAACAUCUAUAGGCACUUGAGGACAGUCAACCCGUCGCCGUACCUGUUCUAUAUCAAUUGCAAGGAUUUCCAGAUCAUUGGAGCUUCUCCCGAGUUGCUCGUCAAGGAAGACGAGGGACGCAUCAUUACGCACCCUAUUGCCGGAACCGUCAAGCGUGGCAAGACACCCGAGGAGGAUGAGAAGCUUGCAGAAGAACUGAGGAGCUCCCUCAAGGACCGUGCUGAGCAUGUCAUGUUGGUCGACCUCGCCCGAAAUGACGUGAAUCGCGUCUGUGAUCCCUUGACGACGCGUGUGGACCGCCUUAUGGUCGUGGAGAAGUUCAGCCACGUACAGCAUCUCGUGUCCCAAGUGUCUGGCGUUUUGAGGCCAGGCCAGACGAGAUUUGAUGCGUUCAGAUCCAUCUUCCCCGCUGGCACAGUCUCUGGUGCUCCCAAGGUGAAAGCCAUGGAGCUGAUUGCUGAGUUGGAAAAGGAGAAGCGUGGUAUCUACGCUGGCGCAGUUGGCUACUUUGGCUACGGCUCGGUCACAGUCAAUGGCGAAGAGAUCGAGGGCGCCAUGGAUACAUGUAUUGCGCUCAGAACCAUGCUUUACAAGGACAAGGUAGCAUAUCUCCAAGCUGGUGGCGGCAUUGUCUUUGACUCGGAUGAAUACGAUGAAUGGAUGGAGACCAUCAACAAGCUCGGUGCCAACACAACGACCAUCAAGACUGCCGAAGAGCUCUAUGCCAGACGCGUUGGUACGGCAUAA